AUGACGGUCACAAAAAGUACUCCACUGCAAGUGCGGCUUGCCACGGCCAAAGACAUUGAUGGCAUGGUCGACGUUUUCUUCCGCUCCUUCACUGUGCCAUUCUUCCGGACAUUAUUCCCACCUACGCCGGCAACAAGAGAAUGGCUAACCGGCACUUUUCGAGAAAUGAUGCAGCACGACCGUGACCCUCGAUUUCUGGUGGUGGAAGACGUUGAAAAUGGGCGAAUGGCGGCAUUCGCUAAAUGGGUCCCUCCCGGCACCCGUCACACGCAUUGGCUGUCUUUUAAAGACUUCCCUGGCUUUGAUGUCCCAUUAUGCGACCUCUUCUUUGACGGUAUGCAUCAGAAUCGCGAAGAACUGAUGGGUGAUCGUCCUCAUUGGUUUCUGGAACUUCUAGCAACAGCUGAAGAUUAUCAAGGCAAGGGCGCGGGAUCAAAACUCUUGCGAUACGGCCUUGACCGUGCCGACGAGGCGGGUGUGGAGGCUUACGUGGACGCAAGCCUCGAGGGUUUGCCCAUUUACCAGCGUUACGGCUGGAUCGUGCGCAAUUCUCUUACCAUGCCCGCCCCGCAUGAUUAUACUCUGAACUUCUGCGUUCGUCCACGCCGGGCUGGACCUGGCGCAGAGCAGAUCUCAUAG